UCAUAAACGCGAGACGUAGGAUAGUCCAACCAAUGAUCGACCAAUCAAAUAGAGCAGUGUUCUACCCGUCAGUGUUCCCGCACGCCGGUCCCAGCGGCGCGUACAGCCCCGAGGCGACCAUGGGCUACAUGAUGGACGGGCAGCAGAUGAUGCACAGGCCGCCCACAGACCCCGCCUUCCACCAGGGCUACGCGCACUACCCGGCCGAGUAUUACGGACACCACCUCUAAUGCACCGAGCAUCUUUGUACAUAUAUGAAUACAAGUCACACCCUCCGACUCCCGGUGGUGACGAGGGUCGUGAGCAUCCAGCACACGAUACAGAGAGGCCGCGCGCGACACCGACGCGGCAACAACGCGACGGCGACACGCCACACUUACAGGAGAACUAUGCUAAAAUAUGUAAAUAAAUAAAUAAAUAAAGGAUAACGUAAACGCGAAACAUUUUGUAAUAUUUGAAACAGUAUACGAUCUCCUAAAUUAAGAUAAAAGUCAACUGUAAUAUUAAAAAUUAACGAGAGAAAAAAAAAACAUCUUUGUAAAUGUAAACUUGAAGUGACAUGGACGCUGAUUGGUGCGGCACACCUCGGGAGGUUUCACCAUCGCGGGAACUGCGAGGAGUCGACGUCUGUAACAAUAAUGUGGUUUCAUAGUUAUCUUAUAAAUAUUUAUAGCUAAAUGUGUAUUGUUAUUACGUAAAUAUAAAUAAAUAAUUGAUUAGUUGUAAGUUGUAAUUAUCACUUGAAGCAAUCGGUUUGAUGUCGGCGGGAAGGUGUACGACGCGUUUUCUGUUCUGUAAACGAAUCGUGUAACUAAUUAUGAUUUCUUUCGAAAACCAUGUCCGUGACGAGCGCCGAUACGUGCCCAUCAAGGCGGCUAAGUUUGCAGGUCAAUCGAUCGUCAGUCCCGACUGACGACUUCGUUCCGUUUUGAUGAGCACGUCUCGUCGUAUAGUAUAAACGUUACAUGUCUCCAGAGUGUUGCAUCUUUAUCUAAUCAUUUAUUAAUAAAUUGUCAAGCUCAAAUCGUACUUCUAGAGGAAUGUCAAUUUAUUAUCCACAUUUCUUAUGACACAGUUUUUAUUCGUUUUCCCACACAUAAAAUACAUAUCUUUGAAUUUUAUAUAUUUAUUGUAUAUGUAAAAAAAUAAUAUUAUAUAUGUGGAAAAUACCAUUGAUUUUUCACGUUUUGCCUUUAUGUACUAUACUAUAGCACAAUUGUAACCAAUGUAUACGAACACAAAAUGUAUUUUACAAUGUUAUUGAAAGAUUUUUAGGUAUAUUUUUCGUCUUAAAGAUUAUACCGUUGUAACAGCCUUCUGUGUUACCAAGAGAUUAAUAAAGUACAGAUUAAAAAUAUCGUAUAUCAAAAGUGCCGUGUCUGUGUCAGUUCGUAAGUCUGGAGCAAUUCUAAAAUAAGUGUUAUGUAACAGUGAAACAUGAUGGAAAAAAAAAAAACAAUAUUUUUAGUCUGGAUUUUUUAACAAAUCGUGUGGUAGGUCACGACUGACAAUUUUAGCAGUUUCGUUCUAGAUUUUUCCAGUUCCGUGGUAAAUAAUUUUACUUUAGAAAAAUCUAAAAGUCGUCAACAUAUCUGUAUGUUGCUAUCUACGUUAAAUGUUAUUUCUUUAAGUCAUUAAAAUAUGGAAACUGGCGAGUAUUAAUACUUUAAAUUACCACGGAACAAUCAUCAUGUGAAUGUCGAUCAACUGAUAGAGCCUGUGAACUUUAAUAACAUACGAAUUCCCCAUUUUUUCCCGUAAAGUAAGAAAAGGAAAGCUUUUGUACAAUUUGUGAACGGAUCGAUAUUCCCAUUAUGAGCUUUUGGUAAUAAAUUUUAUAAAUAAAUUAAAAGUAAUGCACCGCAUUACGGCCUUAUGCUAUGUAUACGAGGAGGAAAGCUAUUAAAAUAUGAGAAUUGACCGCGGCUAACGACAAAAAGCGGUUUUUAUAGGCAAAUAAAAUAAUCCAAACAAGCUUUAUUAUAUGGUAGGGUAAAUGACGAAAUAUCUUGUGUUGAUUCAUCAUUAUUGUGACACGCUUGUUUCCUAAUAGAUAGGUAUCUUGCUGUUAACGAAAAAUUGACUUUGAAGCCUCAAAAUUAUUUUGAAACGAACCAUAAAAAUAAGAUAGAUA